AUGGACCAGCGCAUUGCCGAAGCUCGCUCUGCCGGCGAGACUUCCUUCCUUUCUUCUGACUUUGGUACUUACUUUCUCGAGCAUUACCGCAUCGAGCUAUUGAAAUACUUUGAACACACCACAGAUUUCCUGGGUAAGCUCGGCCCCGCCUGUGUUCAAUAUUUUCAGGUGGGCGUGGAGCGUGCCCUUGCUCGGGCCCGGGAGCAGGGAUUUACCGGUUCCGUGGACGAGGCUGCCUUACUCACUGAUUUUCCUGAGCCCAUUGGGUGGAACGACGAUAAAUCGCAGCCAGCUGACGCUCCAUGGUGGACACUAGUGCUUGAAGUGGCCAGGAAGAAGGCCGACCUCGCUAGUGACGAAGAAGAUGAGGAGGGAGACCAAGAGUGA